AUGGGGAAACCACGGAUGAUUAUUCUUGUUCGCCAUGCGCAGUCAGAGGGCAACAAGAACCGUGACAUCCACCAGACAACUCCCGACCACCGAGUAAAACUCACGCCUGAAGGAUAUCGUCAAGCCCAAGAGGCGGGUCGGCGACUGCGGGAACUGCUGCGACCUGAUGAUACCCUUCAUUUCUUUACAUCUCCAUAUCGUCGGACGAGGGAGACUACUGAAGGUAUUCUAGAGUCAUUGACUUCCGACUCCCCGGAUCCCUCGCCAUUCCCCCGAAACACAAUCAAAGUCUAUGAGGAACCUCGGCUACGAGAGCAAGAUUUUGGAAACUUUCAACCAUGCUCGACAGAGAUGGAGCGUAUGUGGAUGGAGCGGGCUGACUACGGCCACUUCUUCUACCGCAUCCCCAACGGCGAGUCUGCCGCAGACGCAUACGAUCGCGUGAGUGGAUUCAAUGAGUCUCUAUGGCGACAGUUUGGCGAAGAUGACUGCGCUAGUGUCUGCGUUCUUGUUACACAUGGUCUCAUGACUCGGGUCUUCCUCAUGAAAUGGUACCAUUGGAGCGUAGAGUACUUCGAGGACCUUCGCAACAUCAACCACUGCGAGUUUGUGAUCAUGACCCACAAUGAAAAUAAUGGGAAAUAUACCUUGCAGAACAAACUUCGAACCUGGUCUGACCUACGAAAGGAAAGAGAUGCUGAGAAGAAGCGCGAACGAGAGGCACUCGGGUUGAGUCCUACUAUUCCCGCUCUGACGGAGCAUGUCCCCAUCCGGCGUAAAUGGGGUGGCUGUCCUGACGGAUGUACUCAUGGCCUGUCUGCCGAUAUCAAAAAAUCUCUCCGGGUAAGAAUGUUUGAUACCAUGCGCAAUGAGAGUAGCAGCAACAGGGGAAAUGCCGAACCAAAAUCCGCUACAUCAGCCUCCUCCAAGGAUACAGAUCAGACAAACAAAUUUCCCAAAGGCGAGUCGAUGCAGGAUGCCUCUGAUCCUGACAACGAUGGUACGAACGAGAGCUCGGGAAGCGAUCAUGCACAAUCCAAUCCUCGACCCGAGGCUGAGGUCGAGGAAUCUAGAAGAUAUAGAACCGGUGUUUCCAAUGCCGAUGCUCGAGCCAACACUACUUCCCGCCUUGUUACACCAGUCUUGCAAGGUGGCCAUCGAGACACCAAUGAUCACCUGCAUCCACCGGCUGUAUCAUCCUCCACGGCAUCUCUAAAGAUGGCUCUUCUUCACCUAAAAGGCCGCGAUGGAGGUGGCUCGAUGAGUGGCGCAAACAGCCUCGCACCAUCCGACGACGAAGGAGAAGACCACACAGCCCCGCAACUAGUUUCCGGGCAACUCCAACCAAAACCCGCUUUGCAUGUCCCAUCACAAGGUGCAGAAGAUGACGGCGAUGACGAGCUUAGCGCGCACCCCACGGAGGAAAUGAAACGGGUUCGACACAAUAAUCAUUACACUCAUCAUCAUUACCACCACCAUAAUCAUGCAUCCCAUCAUCGCCACUCCUCUUCCACAAAUUCCUCGCAACCGCCGCACCGGAUGGCUAAUAUCCUCGGGGAUGGCGAUGACGUCUCAACAAACUCUGGCGGCCAUAGCCCCGAGUCAAGUUAUCAAAACCCCGAGACAAAGUCCUCAAACAGCAAGAACCAUAAUAUACCAGAGCAAGAAAACGAGAAUCUUUCCUUGGAAGAGCAGCAGCGCCAGGACCAGAGUGUUCGAGGGAGCAUAUACUGA